AUGGAAGCAGCAUCAGCCCUCGCUCUGGGGCAGCCCUCGACCCCCCUGCUCAACCAGGUGGCCGGUCAUCAAGGCGUCAUGAGCGAUGCGUCCGGCAGUCUCGUCAUCAAACCCUCUUUGCCCAAAGAGAUCGCCUUCUACCAGCUUAUCAACGAAACACCCCGCUCGUCCCCCUUCUCCAAGCUCAAGCCGUUUAUCCCAAAGUAUUUCGGUACUCUGAGGCUUGAGGGCCGGCUGGAAGGUAACGGCCAGCUCCAGGCAGAUAUCCCAGAGAAGGCAGAGAUCCCCGAGUCGGUCGUCAUCCAGAACCUUUCUCAUGGUUUCACGCACCCCUCUAUCCUCGACGCCAAGCUCGGUACUGUGUUGCAUGAGCCGACCGCCUCGGAAGAGAAGAAGGAGCGGAUGGAGAAGAACGCAAGGGAGACGACCACGAAGAAGACGGGUCUCAGACUCACGGGGAGUCAGACUUGGCACGCUCCCACCCAAUCUUACAUCCUUACCCCCAAAUCAUUCGGCAAGGGUAUCAAGGCUUCGCAGCUGCCCAGCGGAAUGGUCCGCUACUUCCCCCUCCCUACCGACCACAUCCCAUCGCUCGUCACUCCUCCCUCUCCUGCACCCACCACUUCCACCUCGUCCACCUUUGGCAAUGCGCAGCUCGCUCCACCUGUCCCCUCCGCUCCCUCUAGCGCCGAGUCCAAGCCGCCACCCCUUCCUCUUACCCCUCUUACCGGCAACAACGAAGCGAAAGAGUAUGCCGGUCACGCCCUUCCACCGAAGCUCCUCCUACGCGUGCUGGACAUCGUCGAUGCAGAGCUCUCCAAGCUGGAGACUUUGCUCACCGGCUUGGAGAUCCGCUUUGUCGGAGCUAGUGUGUUGGUCGUGUACGAGGGGGAUGCCGACCGGCUUGCGGCAGCCCUGGACCGGCUCGACUCCAGACCUCCCAAAUUCGUCUCUGACGAGCCGGAAGACGAUGACGACUUGAUGGAUCUUCUCGAAGACGAGGAGACGGACUCGGAAGGCUCGGAGGAGAGCGACGAUCUUGACGGACCCAAGGCGGACGAGAGGGAGAAGAGGCGGUGCCCACCGGUUGUGCUCAAGUUGAUUGACUUUGCCCAUACCUGGCUGGAGGAAGGAGGAGGACCGGACCAAGGCGUGUUGUUGGGCUUGAAGACAUUGAGGGGGUUGAUUGCCGGGAGGAGAGGGGAGGUGCAGAGUGCGGUGAAGGAGGCGUAG